AUGCAGAACCACUAUCAAUUUCUUACUACUGAGUUCUACCCACCCUUAAUGAUAGCGGUUAAGCGAAAUGACACAAACCUUGCUAAGCUUUUAAUUGAAAGGGGCGCUGACGUGAAUAAUGCGGUGCCUGAAGAUAGUUCUUCUUGUGUCGAUCAACCAUUACAUGUUGCUAUUCGCAGAGGUUAUGACAGGAUGGUUUUCCUGCUUCUAAGGAAUAAUGCCGACCCUAAUAUUGAUAUGGAAUUUAAUCAAAAACCACUUAUGGUUGCUACCCGCGAAAAUCGCGUAGGAAUAAUGAAGCACCUCAUUGCGUAUGGUGCAAAUGUUAACGAUUUUUCUGGAGAUCGAUUUAUGAAAUUGACUUGUCUUCAUGUUGCCGUCAAUGGCAAUUACUGCGAAGCAGUUAUAUCAUUGUUGAAAGACAUUACAAUUGAUGUAAAUCUAACGACUGCGGAUGGAAGUUCAGCCCUUCAUAUCGCAGUUAAAAGACUCAACCACAAUUCUACUAUCAUAAUACAACAUCUUCUUGAUGCUGGUGCUGACAUUAAUUUGAAAAACCUUUACGGUAGAACAGCAUUUGAUUCAUUAUAUUUAUAUCCAUCCGACGUUAGAAAGAUAUCGAAAGAGCAUAUUGCAAAGCUUAGUGCGGCUUCUUUGUAUGUAAGUGAAAAAAAUUUAGCACUUAUAGCGAACCGCGAAGAAUUUAGUGAAGUGCGUAAUAAGUGUAUGAAAGAAAUCGAAAAUAUGAAAAAAAAAAAGAUUGGUGAUAGUAAUUUUACAUACUAUGAUUUAUUGCGUAAAUCUCAACAUAAUUUGGCUGUUGGUUUAAAACAUUAUGAUCCUUGGAAAAAUAUUGAUCCAUUGGUUUCAUUCCCUCUAUACGGUGAAAUGAUAAAUUACCGAUUAAGGAGAGUGUUAGGGCGAAAAAGACUUUUAAUUGAUGUCACUGAUUUAGUGUAUGAUAUUUUUGAUGACAUUCGCUUACCAAGUACUUUUACAAGUAUGAUUUUUAUAUAUCUUACUAAUGGAGAUUUGAAGAAAUUAGUCAUUAAGGAUAACUAA